AUGAGCGAAUUUAUAAGUGAAUUUUGGGAAGCUGAAAAAGAGAGACAAAAUACACUUAAAUUUAAACAUCGACGAUCAUCUAGUUAUGAUCGGCCGCACAGUAAAAUAUUCCCGGUGUUUAAGCCAGAUCUCAUCUCUAAUAGAGAACGUAGCACAUAUCAAGAGAGUACGAGGUCAAUGCAACCUUCAGAUCCUUAUUCUCCUAGUUCUAUUGAUUAUACUGAUUCUAAUGAUUCUACUGAACUAAGUCUUAUGUUAUCUGACAAAAUAUCAAAUGUCACCGACUCCAUGCAAUUUAAUCGUUUAUUAGAUUUUGAUGAAGACUCUAGAGCUGAAAUGAUGACUAUAACCGAAGCCGAUUCUAGCAAUAUCGAUUCAUCAAACAACAGCAUAGAAACUACCGAAAGCAAUAACACGUCAACUAGUUCAGGAUCUAAUAAGAGCAAUAAUUUGUCAACAUCGCCAG